CAUUUGAAGUACUUUGACCUGCUGGUCUGCAGGCCAUUCAUACUCCUCAUGGUAACAUAACCAGAUACAGAGAUACAUCUUCUUUAAAUGGUGUCUGAGAUUCUUCAGUGACCCGCAGUAAGAGCCUCAAAUCAGCCUGUGAACGACAACAACACUGUAAACACGUCUACAGAGGAAUUUCAAUCACCAGCAGCAGCACAGAGCUCUGCUGACACGAGUUUAUUCAAUACACACAGCAUGGAUUCAACUGAAGUGCAGCACCCCAACCCUGCAAAGACACCCAUCCAAAUCCUGUAUGAAUAUGGCACCAAAAACGGGAACCUCCCUGUGUAUGUGAUGAAGAAGGUUGAAGGAGAGGCUCACCAGCCGAGCUUCGUCUUCAGUGUGAAAAUUGAAGAGGUUAGCUGCACAGGUCAAGGACUCAGUAAAAAGGCUGCAAAGCACCAGGCUGCAGAGGCUGCUCUGAAGGUUCUGAAGAUAGACGCAGGAACAGUCAUGGAUUCAACUGAAGUGCAGCACCCCAACCCUGCAAAGACACCCAUCCAAAUCCUGUAUGAAUAUGGCCUCAAAAACGGGAACCUCCCUGUGUAUGUGAUGAAGAAGGCUGAAGGAGAGUCUCACCAGCCGAGCUUCGUCUUCAGUGUGAAAAUUGAAGAGGUUAGCUGCACAGGUCAAGGACUCAGUAAAAAGGCUGCACAGCACCAGGCUGCAGAGGCUGCUCUGAAGGUUCUGAAGAUAGACACUGGAACAGUGAAUAUUCCUGUGAAGUCUGAGAGUAACGGUGUCGCAGCAGAAACAAACAACCAUACCAACUCUGUCGGGGUUCUGCAGGAGUUAGCGGUGCAGAGAGGAUGGCGUCUCCCUGAAUACACAGUUUUAAAUGAGGCUGGUCCUCCACACAAGAGAGAAUUCACUGUUACCUGUCGAAUGGAGUCCCUGUCAGAGAAAGCUGUUGGAAAUUCAAAAAAUGCAGCAAAGAAAGCGGCUGCAGAGAAACUGGUGGCGAAGCUUCAAAGUCUGUCGGGCUGUUCAGAAAUCACAUGGACUUCUCAACCCAGUGUGAGAUUUGAGAACUUCAACAUUGAUGGAAUACCAGCAUCAGAACCCUUGGGACAGUCUGCCAUGAGUUCCUCUAACACCUCAGUAUGUCGUUUUGAUGUGCCUGAUGCCAGAGAUGAAGGUCAGUCCCUGUCUCUGGCAAUGAGCGGUCUGAGCACUACAUCAAACAGCAGCCCCUCCCUGGAAGUGGGAACUAAUGAAUUGACACUAGUUCAGCCUCAGACAAACAUGAACUACGACAAGCAGACGCCUCAAACUACAGAUGCUGAGGUUUUGGAAUCUUAUCCCAUGACUGCAGAAAAGAGAGGCCUCUGUUUGAUAAUAAACAACUACGACUUCUCUAAAUCCACAAAAUUUCUCAAGAAUCGAGAAGGGACCAAGGUGGAUGAGGAGUCCCUCAUCAAAGUGUUUAAGUGGCUUGGCUUUGAGAUAGAGCUACAGAAGGACUGUAAAAGGGAGGAGAUUCUGUCCUUGGUUCAGAAGCUCGGCCAAAGAGACCACAGUGACAAGCACUGUCUGGUGUGCUGCAUCCUCAGCCACGGGGAGGAGGAGAGUGUGCUUGGGGUGGACGGACUCCCCGUCUAUCUGAAGGAUCUGAAGGAACCUUUCAAUGGGUUAAAGUGUCUGUCCUUGGUUGAUAAACCAAAGCUGUUUUUCAUCCAGGCCUGUCAGGGCACCGACCAUCAGAGCCCUGUGUACAUUGAGGCUGAUGGUCCUAUGAGUGGAUGUAUUUCAAGUGAUGCUCGUAGAGACUCCAUCCCAACUGAUGCAGAUUUUCUCCUGGCAAUGGCCACCGUUCCCCAUCACGUGUCAUACAGAGGGAGGAUUAGUGGCACCUGGUUCAUUCAGUCUUUGUGCCAAAACCUUGUCCAGAUGGUGCCCAGGAGAUUUGACCUUGUGUCUAUCCUGACAAAGGUGAAUGCAGAUGUGAGCAAGAAGACUGACGAAACUGGUGAGAAAAAGCAGAUGCCUCAACCUGCCUUCACACUCAGGAAGAAAGUGGUCUUCCCCUUACCCCCAGCUCCUCCUCCAAGCCUCUGACCCUGACUGAUGCCAGUUUGAAUGCCUCAUCAUUAAUGUUUUGUAUGGCAAUCCUUGUUUACAGUUUGAAAUCUGCUGGGUACAAUUUUUGAUAAUACUUUUAAAGCAAUAACUGAGCAAGUGGAAUAUGCUGAUAAAGACCUGUGAUGUGAUGAAGACUCUGUUUAAAUAAUUGUCACAUUAUAUUUCAAGAUAAGAUAUUCCUUUAUUAGUCCCACAACAGGGGAAAAAAAUGAUGUUUCUUUAAGAUGACAAUACUCAAAAUGUACAAAAAAAAAAAAAAAGAAGUUUCUAUAAGAUGACAAUACUGAAAAUGUACUAACAAGGCUUGUGUGCUUCAGAGCCGGAACAAAAUCAUGCAUUUUACAUUGUAAAAAGAUCCAUUUGAAUUUUUAAAAUUUACAAGAUACACAGUAUAAGUUUACAUGUACUUGAAAUAUUGGAUGUGGGACUGAUGCAGUAAACCAAAUACUCCUCAAACUCUUACCGAUGCUGUAUCUGAAUGUAUUAUUGUGAUUGUGUAAAGUAUUGUGUUUCCUUUUCUCAGACAAUUAAAUAAUAAAUUUUUGAACCUUUAUUCUGUAA